UCCAAACCCGCCACAGAACAAAUCGGACCUUACUAUUACUGCUCUGGAUCUGUUACUGCCGCACCGAUCUAUUACUUGAAUUUUUUGCACGCAAAGUAAACGCUUUUGGGCUGUCAAUAACGGUUCGGACACUUGCCGCACAAUGCGGUCAUUGACGAUCGUCGUUGCAGUAGCAGUCGUGGUAGGCUGUGGCUUGGUGAACGCAGGAGAUCUUGAAGGUUAUGGUGGGGGUAGUUUUGGCGAUGGAGGCUUUGGGGGCCACCAUCAUACGCCAAAAGUGAAUGUUGUGGUAAAAAGCGUACCAAAACCUGUUCCUGUACCACAUCCCAUACCACAGCCAUAUAUCGUCCCUGUCCACAAACCAGUUCCCGUGUAUCAAAGUGUGCCUGUUCCGAAGCCGGUCCCCGUACCCCACGUUGUUCAUCAGUACUAUCCGGUUCACAAGGUGGUACCAGUGCCGAAAGAGGUGCCCGUUGCAGUGCCUGUAGAGGUUAAGAAGCCCUAUCCUGUACCGCACGUUGUCAAAGUACCAAAACCAUUCGUGGUGCACGUUCCCAAACCAUACGUUGUUCAUAAACCGUAUAGUGUCCCUGUCGAGGUCAAAAUACCAAAACCCUACACGGUUCCUGUUCAUAAACCAUACCCAGUUCCUGUGACGAGACAUAUUCCCGUUGAGGUCCCGCUAGUUAAGGAAGUACCAGUGACGAUUAAAAAGCCAGUGCCCAUUCUACUGAAAUCGCAUCACGGCCAUGGAUGGGCUAAGGCGAAGGCAGCUGCAGCUGCCUAGACAUUUUUAGUUCUUGAGCAUAUUCCUAUUCCUUCGUUUCUUCUAUUUUUACCGAGGUUAAUGUUUAACUACCUGAAACCCAGUUAGUAAUCUGAGAAGUCCACAUUGCGCUUUUAAUCACCAUAUACGGAUUUGCAAAUAUUUAUGCGAUCUAAAUAUAUGCAAGCUAACUUCUAUAAUAUUUUUUUGAUCUUUAGAGGAACUCGCUCUAUUUUAAUGCAAGCAAAAACAGUUAUAUUCCUCAUAAAAAGAAACGAAGCGUUAAAAAGGAUCCAUCACAUGUAAAUACUGUCGAGCUGUAUAGCAUUGUAUUAGAUGCAAAAGAUUUAUCACAUAACUGUUGUUCUAAAACCAUUAACAGGGGACACAUCGAGCUCGUUGCACGAAAAUGUUGUUACUUUUAAUUGUUAUAAGCUAAAAACUACUGUCAAUAAAUACAUUGUAUCUAA